AGCCAACCUCGCGAAGCACCACCUCGGCAAGGCAGCCGAGCUCGACGCGCAGGAGGCCGCCAUGGACGCGAAGGAGGCCGCCAUCGCCAAGGAAGCGGCGUCGAAGCCGCCGCUGUCGCGCCCGCUCGCGUCGCUGCUCGGCAAGGCCAUCGUCGUGACGGGCGCGACGAGCGGGCUCGGCCGGUGCAUCGCGCUGCAGUGCGCCAAGGCCGGCGCGCGCGGCGUGCUCAUCUUGGGCCGCGACGCGAAGCGCGGCGCCGCGGUCGUCGCGGCGAUCAAGGACGCGGCGCCGCGGUGCCUCUGCGAGUUCGUCCGCGGCGACCUCGCGGAGGGCCCCGCGUGCGCGGCGGCGGCGCUCGCGGCCGCGACGAAGCUCUUCGGGACCGUGGAGGGGCUCGUCAACUCCGCGGCGGUCUGCUUCCCGCGGGGCACGCUCGCGUCGACGAGCCCGGAGCUCUGGGGCACGAUGCUCGCGACGAACCUCACGGCGCCCUUCCUCUUCACGCAGGCCUUUGCGGCGCACAUGAAGGCGUCGAAGACGCGCGGCUCCGUCGUCAACAUCGGCUCCUGCGCCGCGCACGGCGGCGCGCCGUUCAUCCUCGCGUACUCGUGCUCCAAGGGCGGGCUCACGGUGCUGACGAAGAACUCCGCCCAGGAGCUCCGGGGCGACGGCAUCCGCGUGAACCAGAUCAACAUGGGCUGGUGCCUCACGGACGCGGAAGACGCGGGCCAGCGCGCGGAGAAGGGCGACGGCUGGCUCGCGGACGCGGACGCGGGCAGCCCGUCGGGCCGGCUCCUCCGCACCGUGGACACGUCGGCCUCCGUCGUCCACUUCCUCUCCGACGCGACGGCCAUGGUCACGGGCGCCGUCCUCGACAUCAGCCCCGACGUCAUCCCGGGCAUGCUUCCGGCGGCCGUCGGUUUUUUCGUCGUGCACGACAACGACGGCGCGCCGCCCGCGCCCGCGCCCGCGCCGCCGCAGCCCGCGGCGAAGCGCCAGAGCAACCAGCCAUCGAUCACGACCCACCGCCGCACGCCGUCGCUGACGCCGGCGGAGCUCGCGGCGCAGGCGAAGCGCGCCGAGGCCGCGCGGCUGUCCGCGGCGGCGGCGGUGCGCGCGCUCGCGGAGAAGCGGCGGCCGGCGUCUUCGUCGCCGCCGCCCGCGCCCGUCGCGCGCGCGUGGACGCCGUCGCCCGUGCCGCCGGCGCGGACGCCGGAGGCGACGGCCGCCGCGGCGGCGCUCGCCGCCGAGGACGCGCUGCGACGCGCGCGCGCGCGGAUCCCGUCGCCCGCGCCGCCCGCGCGGACGCCGGAAGCGACGGCCGCGGCGGCCGCGCUCGCCGCCAAGGCCGCGCUGCUCGCGGCGGCGCGGCUCGCGGAGGAGACCCGCCCCCUCGCGGCAAUCGCGGAGGAGGCCCGUCCCCCGGCUCCCGCGGUGCGCGUCUCGGGCUGGGUCGAGCGCUUCAUGGACCGGCCGCCGCGCGAGGCGCGCGCGCCCGCGGCGCCGGCGUUCGAGAUGCCCGCGAAGAUGAACGACUUCAUCCUCGAGGGCUUCCGCGACCGGCAGGCGGGGUCGCGCGCGCCCCCGGACGAGUCGUCGUCGUCGGACGACGACGAGGACGAGAGCCGGAGCCUCGGCGACGAAAGCCGGGGCGACGACGCGAGUCGUCAAGGCUCCGAAAGCCGGGGCGACGACGCGAGCCGGGCGAGCGGCCCGAGGCCCGAGGACGCCGCGCGGCGACCGCCGCGGCCGAAGCGCGACAGGUACUACGAGGAGGCCUCGGACGACGACGCGGCGCCGCCGGAGGCCGAGGUCCUCGAGAAGCCCGCGCGGCACCGCGACCGUGACCGGAUCCGGAGGCACAAGCUGCGCAAGGUCGGCGCGAGCGACCUCGACCAGAUCCGCGCGCGCGGCGCCGCGACCGUGCUCUCCGCGCGCCUCGCGGCGACGUCGGACACCGUCGGGACCACGAUCACGCAGCUCAAGCAGCGCAUCGCGACCAAGUCCGUCGAGAGCAUCGAGACGGACCUCGCGCGGCUCCGCCGGGAGAUCGCGACGCGGGACCCGGGCUGGCAGCGGCAGGACGACGAGCCGACGGACGUCAACUACGAGCUCGACCAGGCCGCGGCGGCGCUCGAACUCUUCGAGACCCACGUGGCCCGGGCGGAGCGCGCGCUCGCGACGGCCCAGCGCGACGCACUGGCGGCGUUGAUCCGCUCGCCUCCGCUCGAACGGCGCGCGCGCAGGUAUCGCGGCAGGCCCAGAUCGCUCGAGACGCGCGCGCGCGGCUCGACGCGCUCCGCGCCCAGCGCCCGGCGUCCGGGUGAGCGCGUGUUUUUCGUCGGAGUCGGCCCGGUCGCGUCGGUCGUGCGGACGCUGCCGCGCCAGCUGCCAGUGGCAUAAGUCUGCUGUUGUG